AUGGGGCAGAGCCGCUUGUUGUCUUUGGCAUUAGUUUCGAUUUUCCUGCUUCGCGCCACUGAACGAACGUUUCUGGGUGUACGACAGCAGCCUCUUCACUACCUCGCACGGCGGGCAAGGUCCUGCAGUGCGCCUGACACACCAGCCAUGUCCUCGGUGAGUUUCUCGCAUGUCCACAUCUACUGCGAUGCUCUGAAGGACUUAGCCGAGUACAAGAAGCUCGAAGCGAAGCUGAAUGAGUUUGGCCGGCAGCCCUUGGAGAACGUGGCAGCAGGCCGGGACGCGUGGUUGGCCCUUGCCUCCAGCCAUGGCAAUCCCGUGACGGGAGAGCGAGAUCCCCAGAAAUGGACAGGUCACAAGCAAGACGUGGUAGAGCAGAUGCUUGUUGGCUUGGGCUGGCGUGUCACCGGUUUCGGCCAGACAGCAUCCACCCGCUCGGUGGCCGUCACCAGCAGCGACAAUGAGGGUGUGAAGUUCGUGAUCACGGCCCACAAGGACAAAAGCAUGGCUGAUUUCGCUUCUGCAGAUGGCCACCCUGCAGCCAAGAGGCAGAAGUCGGAGAAGGAGGCAUUUGACCACCUCGGGGAAAGCCACCUAGAACGCUUCUCGCAGCAUCAGGCUGGCCGACAGGGCGUGGCUGUGCUAGGCUUCCAAGUGAACUCCGGCGAGCUGGACGGCAUCGUGGCCAAGUAUGCGGAAAAGCACCCCAAACUCCUCCCACCUGGUAUGCCCAAGGAGUAUCCCGGCGUGCGCAUCCUCGAGGUCUACGCCUAUUACCAGGGCGAGAAAGGCACGACGGAGGUGGACUGCGGCACAAUGCUUCGGUUCGUAGAGUGCUCCGACCAGAACGCGGAUCAUUCGGUGCUUCCAGGCAUCGAGAAGGUACCUGCCACCUUCGAUCCGAGCAGCUUGCCGGCAUACUGUGAUCAUUGGGUCAGCAACGUCGUGAGCCGUCGCGGCUUCCUCGACACCUUAGAGGACACCUUGGGCUUCAGCCCCAAAGUGGACUUCAACGCCGGAGUCGUCGCGGCAGGGGAGGCCCAGAUUGAGUCCACCGUCACCGGCAACGAACCAGGCACCUUUAUUGCCAACGAGCAAAUUGCGCUCAAGGAUCAGAGUCAGGUCUAUCUCCCGAUCAACAACGCGUUGUCCGAAGUGGGCCAUGUCCAUCUCUAUCUCCAGGAAAUCGGUCAGGGCGUGCAGCACAUCGCCUCGCGUGUGGCGGAUCUUCCGGCGUUGGUACAGCGGGCGAACGAUUGGCGCCGGAUGACGGGUGCAGGGGUAUCUUUCUUGUCCAUCCCAAGAUCCUACUACGGCAGCUUGACCCCGAAGUACUUACACAAGGUGGCCGGCCUGGACGAUGUCAUGGCGCAGAAGGUCGCGGCCUCUCUCAAGGCGGCGAGCGUGGUGGACGCCAGCGACAUCGUCGACUUGGAUGUUAGCAAGGAGAAGAUCCUAGCGGCCUUGCCAGAGGGCUGCGAUGAGGACCUGGUGACCCACAUCCUGCGGGCCCGCUACGGCAACCUCUAUGCGUUGCUUCGGGACAACAUCGGUGAGGAGACCUAUCUUCGCAUCGUUCGGAACAACGUCUUGGUGGAUGUUCAGGGGGAAGACCUCUUGAUGCAGAUCUUCACCUCAAGCAUUCUCCAGAGGGCCCCCGGGGAGGAGGCACCCUUCCUGGAGUUCAUCCAGCGCGUCUGCUCCGAUCGCAAGGAUCCCGUCUCUGGGGAGCCACGACCCAUCAAAGCAGGCUGCGGUGGCUUUGGCAUCCGAAACUUCCUCACCCUCUUCCUUUCCAUCGAAGUUUCGAAGGCCACCAAAGCCCGGGGCGAGGCAGAAGCUGUCGGGAACUUGGGCCUGGCAACUUACUAUGGCAGUAUGGUCGAUGCCUUCACCUCGCAGCUGGAUGAGUCGAACCCAGUGUUGACGGCCAUCUCAGACGCUAUGACCGCCGAGGGCGAAGCCCUGGAAGCCGGAAACGGCCCCGAAGCAGCCAAGUGGGCAGAGGAGAAGGAGAGAGGACAGCAGAAGCUGCAGGAGAUCAGCAAAAAGUACAAGGACAGCAUGCAGAGCGUGCCCAGCUCUUGUGACAGCCGUUUGGGCUGGUUCCUAGAUGCCAGAUCAGUUGAAGAGAAGGCUCCUAGCAAAUGUAAUGCUGAUGCAAGCAUCUGCAAGAAGCACAGCUCCAUAGCCGACCUUAGCCGAUCACUGUCCUGUACAGCCGUGAAAGAGGUGGAACAACGAGUUGUGUUUGGUGUUCACGGUUGGAGCGCUUUGAGUGUGCUCGCGACCACCGCGACCAUGAGCGCCUCGCCUUCACUCAACGUGGAUGCCCGGGACCUGCGCCUCCGGGGAAACAGCCCGAUGUCCAAGAAGGGCCAGAGCCCCACCGCCGUCCCAGAGGUCUCCACGGGCUGCGGCGGCGACAAGGUGGCGCGAGGCAUCGCCACGGGUUCCCGGUUCGGCCUCAUCUUCCUCCUCGCCUUUUUGGGCUGGCCGGGAGCACUCAUCGAAGAUGACGCGACUCACAGGAAGAUCCUCGCGUCACUUUUUCUGACCGGAAUCACCUUGGUUGCUCUGGAGGACGUCAUUCGUCUCGACAAGGCGGCCAUCAUGCUAGUCUUGGCCUCCGUCAUGUGGACCUACCAUGCCGCACAGAAGCAUCCGACCAAGUCAGAAGAGGGGCACGAGCUGCUUCAUCACGAGCUAUCCAAAGGCUUGACGGACGUCGGAAGUGUGAUUCUCUUCCUUCUCCCUGCCAUGGGCAUUGUUGAGUCCAUCGACCACAUGGAUGGUUUUGCCGCCGUCACUUCUUUCAUCGUCCGAUACACUCAAAAUAACCCCGACCGUUUGAUGCCCAUGAUUUGCACCCUUGCCUUCUUCUUGAGCUCUGUCAUCGACAACCUAACCGCCACCAUUGUGUGCAUCAAGAUCCUGAAGCGCGUGGUACCUCACAAUCAGGACUGGAGGCACUCUUGUGGGGGGGUCGUCGUCGUCGCGGCCAAUGCUGGAGGUGCCUGGAGCCCUAUCGGAGAUGUGACGACGACCAUGCUUUGGAUCCAGCACAAGAUUUCCACCUUCGGGACCGUGGUCUGGCUUUUCUUUCCUUCGCUCGUUGCUGGCUUUGCCCCGCUCUUUGGCAUCUGGUGGCAGGCCAAAAAGUGUCAGAAGGGUUCUCUGCGCGACGACGCCAAGCGCGAAGUGUGCGCAGCCUCCAACAGCAACGGUACUGCGACCUUGCUUGUGGGAAUGCUGUGUAUCCUGAUGGUGCCGGUUGUGAAGAUGGUCACUGGGCUGCCUCCCUAUCUUGGCAUGAUGAUGGCUUUGGGUGUCUUCUGGCUGGUCGCUGAAAUCUGCGAGUUGGGUGCGGUUACGGACGGCGAUGAGGAGGCAGGGACGGCGCACACACUGCGAGGCGUCCCUGCUGCUCUGCACAAGGUGGACCUCAGCAGCCUGCUCUUCUUCACGGGAGUUUUGCUUGGCGUGGCAGCCCUGGAGUCAGCGGAGGUCUUGGAGCGCUACGCCAAGUUCAUGGAAGAG